AAUCACACAUUUACUGAUGUGUUAGAGGUUCAGUUGGUUAAAUGUGGAGCAAAAUCUUAUAAUCAGAUACAGCAAAGUUCUUCUUAUCAAUAGUUCUAGUGUUUCAGGCUGUUUCAUUAUGUUUAUUACCACAAAAACUUGAAUCAAAGAACCAGACAUUUGUUGACUCCUCACACUUUGUCUUCUUUGUGUUUUGUUGGACCCAGAUCUGAUGGUUCCAGUACCAGAGCCACAGCCCAUCACAUAUUACCAGCAGAUGCUUCAAUCAAACCUCCAAGACCAGUUUGUGUGUGUGAAACCAGGCUGGUCAGAAGUCGACCAACGUCUGGAUGACAUCUACACAGAGUUGUACAUCACAGCUGGGCCGGAUUCUCACAUCAACACACAGCAUGAGGUCCAACAGCUUGAGACGACACAGCAGAAGCAAAGAUCAGCAGAGGAGCCAGUGAAGCCCAGUGACCUGUUCAAACAUCCCCCUGGUAAAUACAGACGCAUCAGAACAGUGUUGACCAAUGGAAUCGCUGGGAUUGGAAAAACAGUCCUUGUGAACAAGUUUGUGUUGGACUGGACCCAACAAAGGUCCAAUCAAGACGUGCAUCUGAUUUUCCCCUUCACCUUCCGUCGGCUGAAUCCACUGAAGGGACAGAAGUUUACUUUGUCAGAGCUCAUUCAUGAAUGUAUCCCAGAAACUGAGUCCAUCAGCCUGGAGGCUCUGAAUUACAUCUUUACACAUCUACAGUCAUCAGGAAACAGCAACUAUGACAAGAGCAGCUUCAAACUUCUGUUUGUGUUUGAUGGACUGGACGAGAGUCGCCUCCAACUGGACUGUAGCACCAGUGAGAAGGAGACGGGUCAACGUGACGUCACAGAGUCCACUUCAGUGGAUGAGCUGCUGACAAACCUCAUCAGAGGAAAUCUACUACGCUCUGCUCGCAUCUGGAUCACCACACGACCUGCAGCAGCCAAUCAGAUUCACGGAGACUUUGUUGAGGUGGUGACGGAGGUCAGAGGGUUCACUGACCCACAGAAGGAGGAGUACUUCAGGAAGAGAUUCAGAGAUGAGGAGCAGAGCAAGAGAAUCAUAUCCCACAUCAAGACGUCACAAAGCCUCCACAUCAUGUGCCACAUCCCAGUCUUCUGCUGGAUCACUGCUACGGUUCUGGAGGAUCUGCUGAAAACCAGAGAGGGAGGAGAGCUGCCCAAGACCCUGACGGAAAUGUACGCAGAGUUCCUGGGGUUUCAGAUGGAUCGGACUAAAGACAAGUACGGACCAGAACAGAGCAGCACCUACAUCAAGUCAUUAGCUAAACUGGCUUUUGAACAGCUGGUAAAGGGAAACUUGAUCGUCUAUGAGGAAGAUCUGAAAGAGAGCGGCAUCGAUGUCAGUGGAGCCUCAGUGUGUUCAGGAGUGUUCACAGAGAUCUUUAAACAGGAGCGAGGGAGGAAAGCCAAGGACAAGAUGUUCAGCUUUGUUCAUCUGAGCGUUCAGGAGUUUCUGGCUGCUGUUCACAUGAUGCUCUGUUACAACAAAGGAAGGAUGGAGGAACUGCAGAACUUCCUAUACACCUCCAAUGCUGCUUUGGAUGAUGUCAUGAGUAGAACCAUGAAGAAGUCCCUCCAGAGUCCAAGCGGCCACCUGGACCUGUUUGUUCGCUUCCUUCAUGGCCUCUGUGUGGAGUCCAACCAGAGAAUCUUAGGAGGUUUGCUGGGUCACACAGAGAUCAGUCCAAAAACCAUCCAGAGAAUCAUCUACAACCUGAAGGACAUGAACAGUGAUAGAAUCUCUCCAGACAGAGGCAUCAACAUCUUCCACUGUCUGAUGGAGAUGAACGACCACUCAGUCCAUCAGCAGAUCCAACAGUUCAUGAAGUCAGAGAACAGAUCAGAAAGACUCUCCUUGAUCCAGUGCUCAGCUCUGGCCUACAUGCUGCAGAUGUCAGAGGAGGUUCUGGAUGAGUUGGACCUGAACCAGUACAAUACGUCAGAGGAGGGACGACAGAGACUGAUCCCAGCUGUGAGGAACUGCAGAAAGGCUCAACUUUCUGGCUGUGGACUCACAGAGACUCACUGUGAAGUUGUGGCCUCAGCUCUGAAGUCCAACCCGUCACAUCUGACACAUCUGGACCUGAGUAACAACAACCUGCAGGACUUAGUGCAGGUUCUGUGUGUUGGACUGAAGAGUCCUCACUGUCGACUGGAGACUCUGAGGUCAGUGUUUUUCCUGGUUCAUGUUUUUCAGCUCGUCACUUCAAACGUCUCCACUUAAAACUGAAAAAUAGACUCAUAUGUGUCAGAAACCUGCAUGAAUGGAAUCUAUAAAGUCUAUGAAGCUCAUGAACAGAAGUUUGUGACGUCUUUUUCUUUAAAUGUGACACAGCAGCAGAGACUCAGAGCAAAUCAUGUCUCCACAUGUUUGAAGGAUCUUUAGUGGCGUCUGAUUGGUCUCAAUCAACAGGCGACACUUCAACCUGUGUGUGAUGCUUCCUGUCAGACAAUGAUGUCACUUUGUAGAGACACAAGCAGGAAACAGGAGCAUGAAUAUGAGGCUGCAGACAUGUUGCUACAGAAGGUUCUAGGUUCCAUGUAGAACCAGAGGAGAGAACAUCCAUCUGACUGGGAUCAGUUCUAAAGAUGAUUCACUUCAUCAAUAAUGGUCAGUUUGGAGUUUGAUCCAAACAUUAGUCUGAACAUUUUCCAUCAGACGACACAGAAUAGUUCAGAUUUAGAGAGAAGACGAUGAAUGAAAGGAACCAGAUGAAGUCUUUGAUCCAACAAAUCUGGUUUUCUACUAGUUUCAGCAGCAGCUUGUGAAUCAGUGCUGACAACACAAGCAACAACAAGUCACUCAUUUUACACUAAACAUCAGUGAUCAGGACAAAUCUGACACACAGAACUAAAUAGUUGUGAAGCUCAUUAAUGCUCAUCAAUCACCACAGACAGUGAAUGAUGUUUGAUUGGAGGAGGAGCAGAGAAGAUGAAAUGAAUUCUAGCAGCAUCACAGAACCACCACCACCUGCAGCAGGAAGCACAGCUUUUCCAGAGGAGUGAAGAAGGUCAAAGGUCACUGACAGCUUGGAUCCCAUGGAGACACUUUGGUCCACACUAAAGCAUGUGUGGAGUCAGUGUCUCUGUUCUCUGCUGGUGACGAAGCCUGAAGUUCACUGGUGUUUAUCAGAGUUUAGACAGGAACGUUUCAGUCAGGAUCAUGUUGUUGGUUCUGUCUCCAUCAAUACGACAUGGAUCAAACCAAUGAAUCACAAUAAAGAUACAAAGAUGUUGUUGAAGAAUCUGAGAAAAAUUCAUGACGACACCACGAGACACCGAAUGGUUUCAUUUCCAUCUUAACUCACAUCUUCAUCUUUCAGACUGAGUGUGUGUAACCUGUCAGAGAGAAGCUGUGAAGCUCUGUCCUCAGUUCUCAGCUCUCAGUCCUCUAGUCUGAGAGAACUGGACCUGAGUAACAACAACCUGCAGGAUUCAGGAGUGAAGCUACUGUCUGCUGGACUGAAGCGUCCUCACUGUCGACUGGAGACUCUCAGGCUGUCAGGCUGUCAGCUCUCAGAGGAAGCUUGUGUCUCUCUGGCCUCAGCUCUGAGCUCCAACCCCUCCCAUCUGAGAGAGCUGGACCUGAGCUACAAUCAUCCAGGAGACUCAGGAGUGGAGCUGCUGUUUGCUGGAGUUAAGGAUCCACACUGGAGACUGGACACUCUCAGGGUGGAGCCUGGUGGAGUCCGAUGGUUGAGACCAGGUCUGAGCAAGUAUUUCUGUCAACUCACCAUCGAGACAAACACAGUGAACAGAGAACUACAACUGUCUGACAACAACAGGAAGCCAACAGAAAGAAGGCAGAGGCUAAAACAACUGGUGGAGGACCUGCACCUCCACCACUGACGCAUGCAGAGGAGAAGGCCCUCAGCCUGAACACUGGAAAGCAGGGGCUGAAGGAAUUCCUGGAGGUAGUUCAUCAGAACCAGUCACUCCCCAAGAUACAAGUGUAUGUGAAAAAUGUAAGAGGUCUACCUAUAUAUUUGAUUUUUUUGAUUUUUUCAGUGAUGUUCAGUAAAUGCCAGAGUUCAAUUCUGUAAGAGUAAUGAGGAACUAUGUCUUGUAACUAUAAAUCUUCUGUAUUUUAAGUUACCGGUUACAGAGUUGUAUAAACUUAAUCUCAAGCAAAUAUUAUACUUGUACCACAAGAUUGAAAAGACAGAUCUAGAAAUUGAAAUUCCCAAACACAAGCUGGAGGUGAGUGUAUAGUUAAAGGUGAAUUGUAUGAAUCAUUGGAAGAAUCAAAAAAUCUAACAAUUGCCUUUUGUAUUUGUAGGAAAUGAAGAAAACCAAAUAAAUUAUGAUUUGCAUUUA